CCAACGCGGGCGAAGAAGAAAUGCAUGGAGCAUUUUCCAACCGUGGAAAUGGCGCUUAGAGGUGUAGACGCCUGAAGUCAGAGGGAGCAUCUUGUGCUGGUCAGACAGUUGAAGCGCGCAGAGGGCUCUACGCAUGAGUUGUACUUUGAAAAGCAGCGGAUUAUGACAGAGGAGAGAAGGAAUCGGGAGAUUCGUCAAGGAAAACUAAACAUUCGUGGCUCUGAUAAAGCCGUCAGCAUCGGACAGUGAACAAUGCAUGACCUGACUGCCCAAGUCACCAGCAGCCUGCUGCCUUUUCCAGGAGUGACUAUAGAUGCUCUGGGGGAGGAUGAGAUCACUCUAGACUCUGUGCUACUCGGGAAGUUCACUGUUGGCCGCAGCGGGCUGGCCUGGCUGGCCUGUGGCCCCCAUCUGGAGGUUGUCCAUGCGGUGACAGGCGAACGGCUGUCUGCGUACUGCUUCAGUGGUGGAGGCGAGCACCCACCCACUGUCCUAGCUGCCAGGGACUUCAGCUGGCUCAAACGGUCUGGAUUGCUGGUUGGCAUUGAGGAAACAGAGGGCAGCGUGCUUUGUCUUUAUGACUUGGGACUGUCAAGGGUGGUCAAAGCUGUGGUUAUACCAGGCAGGAUUACAGCUAUUGAGCCGUUAGUGAGUUAUGGUGGAGCAAGCACUUCGACCCAUCAUCUUCACCAGAGUCUGCGCUGGUUAUUUGGCAUUGCGGCCAUAGUAACGGAUCUCGGUCAUGUUCUCCUUGUGGACCUCUGUCUCGACGACCUGUCCUGCAGCCAAAGUGAACUGGAGGCUUCAGACCUGCAGGUAGUAACCAAGUCUCCUGCAGAGAUCCCCAGGCUUAGAGAAGUCAGCACCAGACAGGGCAGACAUCUUUGUCUCCAGCUGAAUGGACCCAGUGGAGUUGGAGCCACAGCUCUGCAGUACAUCUCCAGGACCAACCAGCUGGCAGUGGGAUUUUCUGAUGGACACUUACAGCUGUGGAACAUGAAGGCUCUAAAGAAGGAAUACCACUCCCAGUUAGAGGGUGGCAGAGUGCCUGUGCAUGCCUUCACCUUCCAGGAGCCAGAAAAUGAUCCCAGGAACUGUUGCUACCUCUGGGCUGUCCAGUCUUCUCAGGAACUCGAGGGAGAUAUGGUUAGCCUCCGCCUGCUUCAACUGGCCUUCAGUGAAAGGAAGUGUCUAGCUUCUGGGAAGAUCCUCUAUGAGGGUCUGGAGUACUGUGAGGAACGUUACAGUCAGGAGUUAAGUGGCACAGCUUUCCCUCUCAGGGCCCAGGCCACCAACACCCGUCUGCUGAGUUGCCAGACCAUCGAAAAGUUCCGACCCCAUCCUGACAGGGAUGACAGUAUGAACGAAGUUGCAUCUCCAGACACCAGUGUGUCUAUCUUCAGCUGGCAAGUGAAGGCCUAUGGUCAAGGAACACCAUCUACCUACAUCGGGGUGUUUGACAUCAACCGUUGGUACCAUGCACAAAUGCCAGACUCUUUAAGAACUGGGGAGUCUCUGCAAGAUUGUCCCUAUCUGGCAGUUUGGUCUCUGGACCCAAUGGUGCAGAUGGUGUCUGCACACGUCCUCCUGGAUGUGGUGGUGCACGACCGCAGCCUGAGCAGGGGCCUGCCCUUCACCUGCCCCCCACCAGAACAGUACUUUAACCCCACCACAUAUAACUUUGAUGCUACCUGCUUGAUCAACUCUGGAAUUGUGCACUUAACCUGCUCUGGGUAUCAGAAGGAGACCCUGAGCUUUUUGAAGAAAGCUGCUCCUUGUUCCAGUGACAUCAUCUCCACUAGUUACUCUCGCUGCCUCAUGUCUGGCCUACUCUCAUCUCGCCUGGCUGACACCCAGGCCUCCAGCCUCUCUCAGGAGGAGCAGCUGGAUGCCAUCUUGUGCACAGCAGUGGAGACCAGCUCCUUGGGAAUGAUCACUGGCUGUAUCAAGCAGUGGACCGCAGAAGAACAACCAGGCUCUGCACUGAAUCUGCGCUACAUCCUGGAUUGGGCCUGGAACAAAGUAGUCCAGACUAAGGAGGAACUGGAUGGCAUCUGUGCACCGCUGUUUGACAGCUCAUCCAACUUCACAGAUCCUCAGACCAUGCAGCUGCUACAGCACAGCCAGAGACUGCUCGGUAACCUCAGUAUCAUCUUCCACUGUCUGCUCAGUGAAGCUCAGGAGCUCACACAAAAAGGCCUGGUGGGUCUGAUGAACAAGAACAUGGUGUCCAGUCUGAUUUCCAAGUAUGCCCAGGUGGUGCUCUGGUUCUGUCGUACUGGUCUACUGCCUGAAGGAUCAGACGCUGACGCUCUCCAGAUCUCCAGGCCUUUCUACACUCACUCGGUCAUCAGCAACUAUUAUACUAUACGCAGGGAGGAGCUCACCAGGCUGGCUAAGGGCAAGUGGUGUGCAGACUGCCUAAUGAUUGACGGUUUGGUUGGCCAGUGUGGUGAAUGCUUGACCGACCUGUGGAAAAGGGACGAGGGUGGGACAGGGCAAUACCCACCACCUACAUUGCAUGCAUUAUUGGACAUUUAUCUACUGGACAGCAUUGAUGAAUCUGCCAAGCAUGCAAUUGUGAUUUACCUGUUGCUGGAUGUCAUGUACUCCUUCCCCAAUAAGGAGGGCGCAUCAGUGGAGUCUUUCCCCACAGCUUUUGCCAUCCCUAUUGGACUGGUGAAACUAGUGCAAGGCCUCUGGUUGCUGGACCAUCAUGACCACCAGAGUUCAUUCGAGCUGCUCCUGCAUCCAGCUGCCUCUCAGUGUCAGUUUGAGUGGCAGCACGAGCGUGUCUUGCAAGCCCUGAUGUGCCAGGGCCAACACUCAGUGGCUCUACGAUACUUCCACGUUACAAAGCCCCCAAUUUCAUCCACCUCCCAGGCCAAACUCUGCCUGUCUGUACUGCUACACAACAGGUGUCUCGUAGAGGCGUGGUCCUUACUUCGGCAGCACUCUAAUCGCCUCAACAUGGGUGAGCUGCUGGGCUUCCUGUAUGAGAGCUGCCAGGAGCUGGGCCUCAUGAAGGAGCUGCUCAAACUGCCCCUGGGCCUCACUGAACAGGAGUGUUUGGAGAAGUUUCUCCAGGGUACAGGGGGUCUCCAGAACAGAGAACUGCUGAUGGUUCAUUACCUUCAGCAGGCCAACUACAUUCCUGCCCUGCAGCUCAACCACAACCUCAAAAUGAACCUGGUGAAUGAGCGAGACCCAAAGCUUAAAGAACGGUCCAACACCAGGAACUCUAUAUUGGAUCAGUAUGGCAAAAUUUUGCCUAGAGUCCAGAGGAAACUGGCGAUGGAGAGAGCAAAGCCCUACCAGCAUUCCUAUGCCAUCCACAGAGAAGUUUCCCGGCCACAGCCACUGUCAACCAUCACCAAGCGCUCUGCCAGUGAGAAGGUGAUGUCGAGGGCCGGCUUCAUCAACAAUGUCCUGACCAAGAUUGAGGAGGUGUGGUUAGGCAAAGGAGCUACACCACAGUCCUCCCCAGCCAAGAGCCCCAGGGCAGCUGAUGUUCAGAGCCCCAAGCCCUCCUCCUUGGCCCUUCCUGACCCCUUCCUGGGAACUCCAAUCACCAUGACCUCCAAACGAAAGUCAAGGCUGAUGGACUUGGUGGUUCACCCCUCCUGUCAGACCCCUCGCCCUCUUCUCAGCCCUCCAAGACCCCCCAGCUCCUGGGUUUCUCCAAAGAGCACCAUGAAGGCCCCUGAAUUCAAUCUGCUGCAAACACCGCAGGUUGUCAAGCGAGCUCGGGCCUUGGCUGCUUCUGGCCCUGUGUUCUCAGCCUUCACUCCCCAGUCCAUCCUACGCAGCAGCCUGAGGCCCACACCCGUCGUCACCCCUUCUGCUUCUCCAGGACGCUCCAUCACCCCCCCACUCCGCAGCAAAGAGAGCCGGAUCACCUUCAUCGAAGAGGCAGAAUCUCCUCAACCAGAGAAGGGCAUCCGAUGGACCAAUGGGAUGGCAGCAGACAGUGAGAUUAGCUUGCUGACCAGAGGCUCCAUGCUAUCCAAGGCUGCACGUAAGACCUGGUCCCCAGAGCCCGCUGAGGAGGAACAGGAUAGAGAUGAGGAAGGGGAACAACCUCAUGUAAAGUUCGUGCCUCCAGAAGGUGGUAUUCCCUCACCACAGCUGAGAUGCUUUGAGAGCAAGUCAUCCUCCAUCCAUGAAGUCGCUGCAGAAAGCAGACCAUCAGAUGCAGCGCAAGCACAACUUAGCUUGAGUUUUGACGCCAGCCAGGCAUCUGUCCGUUCAACAGACACCACUCUAGAGUACUAUGAUGCACCUCUCUCAGAAGAGCAGGAAACAGAGGAGAACCAUACAGCUACAGAGAAAGAUGAAGAGGUAGUGACAAUGAACAUCAAAGACCUAAUUGAAAAGGAAGAACCAGAGGAAACGCCCUCACCAACCACUGAGCAAACCCCACUCCUGGCAUCAGAGAAUCUAGAACGGGAAGAAUUGGAGGUGACGGAAGACGAAAUAUUUGAGGAUGUGAUAGAGAUUGGUCAUGAACUGGAAUCUAAAAACGUGGAAGAAGUUCAGUCUGAAAAGGAGGAUAAACAGGAUGUUGAGUCAAGUUGCGAGCAAGAACAUGCUGCAACUCUUGACCAAGAGGAGACGUUUAGUCACAAUCAAGUUUGUACCCAGGUAACUGAGAACACAAUCUCUGGCACUGAGGUCGAAUAUCAGGAUCAACCAGCGACAGCCACAGGCCAGGACGUCCAGUCAGAGGCCACUGAACCCACAGAGUUCAUUGAGCACCUGAAACCAUCUGGAGCCACUGAAUCUACAAAUAACGCAGAAGAGGAGCUGGAGCAAUCAACAGAUCUAACAGAGUUUGUGCAGAGACAUCUGUUUGGCAGUGAUUUGUCUCCUCCGCUCACCCGCUCAGGAAUCCACAACGCAUCACAGACCCAGACAUCCUUCAACAGUGAGUCACUGGGUGAGGUUGAAGAGGAGGAGCAGGCAGCUACUGAAGCUCCUCCAGUGUUCACUAGCCAAAAAUCUACUGCCUCUGUGACGUCCUCCGAGCCAACUGGCACAGACUCCCACUCUGUUGUGAGUCUAAACGAUAGUGAAGAGCUUUCUAGCCCCGUGUCUGAGGAAGAAGACGACGAGGAGGAGUCUGAUCAAGCUGAAGAUGAAGAAGAGGAGGAGGAGGAGGAGGAGGACUCUGGUAGUGAGGUGGAGAUCAUUGAGGAGGUCCAGGGUAAUGGGAGGCUGCCGCCCCUCCAACCCAAUUCAGUCUUUGUACAACAGGGACACACACACUUCCUGCCAAGUCUAUCAGAGCAGGAGGCUGCCGAGUUCUCUCUGAUCACACCUGGUGCAGAGAUGAAGAUUGUAGAGGAAGACAUGGAGGGUGAGGUGGUGAUGGUGAGGCUCGGGGCAGAUGAAGAAGUGAUGGAGGCAGAUGAGGUUGAAGAGCAAGGAUCAUCAUACAUGGAGCUCAAACCCUCUACCACUCUCCUGGUACCCCUGGAGCUUAUGGAGGGGCAGGGCGGCCUGGUGGAUAAUUCUCAGCUGGGUCUUCCUGUGCUUCAGCAAACAGAUGACCUGAGGACUGAAGCUCACGGCGGCUUCUCUCUGAUGCUGGAUAUGGACGAGGAUGGUGAUAAAGAGGCAGACACACUGCCUAUGGAGAAUGAUCUGCAAUUCUCUGACCCCCCCAUCCUAUCUCCAGCAGUGGAUGAACUUUUGGAGGCUAGUGAUGAAUUUAUGGCCGAACCUGAGAUUAUUAUUUUAGGCACAGAUGAUCAGGAUCCUCCUGUGUCUGGAGAAGCCUCCGAAGAGGACCAGAGGAAAGAAAUGGACAUCUUGGAUGGAGUUGACAUAGAUGGACCGACUUGUAACUCAGAACUUGUAAAACUUGUUGACCAAGCUGACCUACAAACUGAAAAUCCUGAGGCAAACCAUGAGACAGAGGAUGCUAAAGAAGAGAGGGAUGCAGAGUUAGUAAUUUUGGCUGAAGAACAUCAACUUGCAGGUCUUUCAAUGUCUGAGCCAACUCCAUUGGGAGGUCUCCCAGCAGUUGUAGAUGACAAAGACUCUACGGCAGAGAAAGAUGCUGCUGAGGAGGAGAUGGAAGACGAGGUGGACAAACCGCACACCACACCACCUGCUGAGGAGCAGGACACCCCAAGGCCUGCUGAGGAGCAGGACACCCCAAGGCCUGCUGAGGAGCAGGACACCCCAAGGCCUGCUGAGGAGCAAGAAGAGCCUGAAGAGAAUGGGCCUGUUAAUAUGGACACAGAGAUUGUCCCCAGCGCAGAGACAGUGAUUGUUCUGGAGGAGAAGCAGCAGGGCCACAAAGCCUCAGCAGAGACAGAAGAGGAUGACAGGGAAGAAAUUACGACUGAGAAAGAAACAAAAAAAAGAACCAGGGGAAGACCAAGAAAACAUAAAGAUGUUGAAGAAGAGAAACCUGUGUCAAAUAGCCACCCAGAGGAACCGCCUGUGCCAGAGACCCCCACUUCUCAGAGGAAAAAGAAAGCUCCUUCCACCCCAACACGCAGGACCACAAGAGGGAGGACAGUUACCUUUAUCUCUCCCCUCCUGGAGGAAGCAGAGGAGGAUGGAAAAGUAGAGGAGGCAGAAACGGGCACUCUGGUCCCGGCCUCACCUAGUCGUACACCCAGAAAAAGCAAACAGAACAAAGAAAUCAAAGUCCGAGCUAGCACACCCCGAAGAAGUACUCCAAAAGCUCAGCCGGAGCCUCCUAAAGACGAGGUUGAAGAGGGGGUGGCCAUGGAUGAUGACACCACAGUUGCAUCAACCUCCAAGGCCUCUUCUCCAGCCAGACGGCGGGUUUCCCAAAGGGCCACGUCAACAAGGACCAGCCAAAGGUCCCAAAGUGAGGAGGUGUCUGCAACCACAGAGGUUGAAUUCAAAGAAGACCAAAAGGAUGAGGUCACACAUACAAAGAUUUCUAGACAAACAAGCUCCAAGACUCCUACACCAGCCAAAUGCAGAACCACUCAAGGAAACACUCCGAGGAGGUCCAGCAGAAGGAUAUUGAGUAGCAGUGAGGUGUUGUCAACACCAUUAGAGAUCUUAAAAGAAGAGAAGGAACAGGAGGAGGUCAAACACAACUCCAGGAAAACUAAGACAGAAUCAUUAGAGCCAGCCCUGCUGGAGGAGGAGAACAAAAAACAGCAACUUUCCAGCCCCGGCAGGACGACUAGACAGUCCAACCGGAUUACCCUAAACGUUUAUCCACAAGUGAAACUGGUUCCUGUAUCACUUCCUCAGAGUGCAAGAAAGACGAGAGGAGAGACAAUUACUGAAAAUAUAAAAGAAAGUGAGGCUCUACCUGAGCCUGCACUUAACAGCAACACUGGUCACACCAACUCCGUUCGUCCAACUAGAAACAAACUCUGGGAUUACCCUGAGGAAGACCUUCCCUUACUGGACUCGCCAUUGGAGGUGAAUUCUGAAACCCCUGUCGCAGAUGCCCUCAUCAAGAGACUUCAGGAUGAGGAAGAGAAGCAGGAAGGAGGAGUAGUCGUCACAAAGAUGGUAAGAACUAGCAAGAGGGGCACAAAGUCGUCUGUGGGGCAGGUUCACUCAUUGCUUCCUGUGAAAGACGGCCUGGUCCCCGAACCCGAGGAGGACGAGUCUAGUCCAGGCGAGCACUCAUUCAUCUACUCCCCCUCGCGAAGAAGAACAAGAGCUAAUAGAGCGGAGUCUCCUGGCCUGAGUGAAGGGUCUGCAGCGCCUGUCACUCGAAGCAGGAGAAGAGUUGUCAAAGAUGCCUCUGCUGCUCCUCAUGAUGAAACUGCCGUGGAAGAAGAUCACGUGGAAGUGGAGAAAGCAGAAGGUGUUUCUAAGAGCAGAAAAACAGGCAAACGAGCAACCAAAUCCAAAGUAGUUUCAGAGCCGCCUCCCAUAGCAGAGGUGGACCUGAUCUCGCCCCUGCCCAGCCCUGCUGAUCCGCUCCCGCGAGCACAGAAGAGGAUUAAAGAGGGAGAGGCCCCAAUCUCGAGCAUGAACCUUCGACGCAAACGCAUAAUGGACACCGUUUUCACAAAACCUGUCACGCGGAGGAAGAAACUUUAAGGGGGUUGGUGGUGGUUUGAACCAGUGAGCCUCAGACAGCCACCAGAAGAUUUGAACCAACUCGUUCAGAAGCUGUCAAAUAAAAGUGUAUGCCUAAACUCAUGAUGGUUCUAUUUCCUCAAAUGCCUCACAGUGCUGCGGUUGUCUUUUGUAUAUUGACUUCCCUGUAGGACAAUAAAAUAGAAACAAUAUAGGCAUGAAAAUAUAUUUUUGGGACAAAACACACUGGUGGAUAGCAGUGUGAGAGAGGACUAUAUUUUUAGAGUUUACGUGUCCCGCUCGUACUAACUCGUUUUCACUUGAUAUUGUAUCUGUGGCCAUUUUGUGUUGGACAUUUUGCGAUAUUCCUCGUAAUCAUCUUAAUUCUCUGGGCACCGAUAACGCAAGGGAAAGCAAUCGAUGUGGGCUUUUAGAAGCUCCCAUUAAUAAAACCAGAGAGACUGAACUGAACCUGCCUCUGAUGAAGAGGUUUUAUUUACUUUCUUUUUAAUUUUAAGGUGUUUUUUUUUUUUUUUCUUUUACUUUUAAGAUUUGCUGUUUUUUCUAUUUAAGAAGAAAAGCAACCAACCCAGUGGAGAUAAAAGGUUUCUACUGACAACGUUUGUAUAUAGUCUUUUGCUAUGUUUCAAAUAAAGUUAAUAAAUAAAUCUUAAAGAAUUAUGUUCAUUUUGAAGUUUUAAGUGUCUGGAAUGCAUUUGAUCAUCUAAUCAGACUGCCUAUGCCAUAGUCUUAAAAUUUCAGUCGAUUUGGGGAAUUUUUUGUGAGACUUGUACACUAUUGCCAUCAGAUUUGGACUGUUUUUGUAUGUCAUGGGGAUGUUGUAUAGUGUGAAAGAAACAAAAAAGACUUGCACAGCGGUUUGGUGUUAAAAGCUGUUUUGGGAAAUGUUAAUAGGCUUGUUUAAUUAAAUUUAUGGCAACCACCAUCUGACACAUAGGCUAUUUUCUGAUGAAUGUAUGUAGAAUGUCUUAUUUUUGAUCACUGCUCUUUGAUAAAUAUGGUAAAGCUUGAA